UCCGUCCCUCCUUCCAAGUGCUGGACUAAACGCAAACACAAACCUAGGCUGACAUACACACCUUGCCGCUCCGAAUCCGAAGUGUGAAAAGCAAAGCAAUCCUAUCACUCAAAACUUCCCGCUCCUAUAUACGCGCAGUCGCGACACAUUCGCAACUGAACCACUUCCCACCACCAUCACCCCCUCCUCCGCCGCGAUGUCCAACGCGCCGACUCUGAUCAAUCUUCCUCCGCCGCCGAGCGAUCCUCAAACUCCCAGCGAGGUUCCAUCGCGCAGCGGCACGCCCAACUCGACCACCACCUCCAUGAGCGAGCUCUCCACAGUCGCAAUCAAAGACGGUCACCGCGGCCACCUCCCCCACCACCAGCACAGCCAAGGGCCCUCCGGCCUUUCCAACCAACUCGACGCCGAACGCGCUGAUCGCAUCUCCCGCCUUGCUGGCCUCGAACGCGUCACCACCGCUCGCAACCCUCAGACACCAGGCAGCACCGGCAACCUCACGCCCGCGGGUGGUGUGCACGGCGCCCAACAAGUACCACCCGCUGUCAGCUAUUUCGACUCAACUGGCAACCCAGCUCUCGGCCGCGAACGUAGCACCGUCGGCAGUGCCUCAGCUACCGGCUCCGUAGGCGCUCGCACUACAUGGGCCGGCAGCGAAGCAGGCGGAGACUUUGACAAGAUGUCCGAGAGUCAAGACAUGGACAUGGACACUUCGUCCGUGGGCGGCAUGAGCGAUAUGGAUCGAGACACUGGUUCGCUCGUAGGUUUUGGCGAAGGAGCUCGAACACCUGCGCGCCAGAGCACCGUGGGUCCUACGAGCAGCGGUGUACCCGGCAGUCGAUCGGGUCCCGGUACCACGCCAACUGCGAGCCAAAGCCGAUUUAUCGACGGGAUGACAUAUGACGAGGGCGUCGUGGACACGAGUACGUCGGGUGCUGGACGUUCGGGUCAGCAAGAGGCGGAGCGCAUUAUGCGUGAGAACAUGGACACGACGAGCGAUGACCGCAUGGGCCCAUCUGGCUCGAACAUGGGAAGGCAUCAGGGGCCUGACCUGGGACGGUUCGGAUUUGAGAAGUAGCGGCGUUACAAAAUCCAGUACAACUGACCGGCUCCUUUGACGGUCUCUCUGGUACGAUGAGAAAAGUGCUUCUAGGCGCUGCUGGACAGAGCUUGCGAGAAGGCGAACAAUUUUGGGCGUUAGGGAUGGGCGGAGAGACCAACGUGAGCGACAUGAUUAUUCUGUGAGGUUCCUUCACGGAGAGAUGAGCAUCUUGCUCGGGGAUUGGCAACGGGAACAGGUCACUCGGAUUGACCAGAUUAGCGUGAGGUCUGAUGAUAUGAUACCAAGAAGAAAACUUACCGGAUCAGCAAUAGCUUCUCUCACUUCUGAAAGCCGCUAUGAGCUAUAUGCUGAGUCUAUGGAGAAAAAUGCAAAUGCAAUGUAUGAUGGCGACGACGAUCGUACAUGGAGGAGUUGCUCUCUCCUUGCAACGAUAGCGUGCCUUUUGGUCAUGAAAGUCGUAAUGUACCAUUUCUCCUUCCAAUUAUAUUUCCGUUGGCCUCGUUCCGCCAUACCCAUCUCUAUCGAGCCACUUCACUUUCGCACGUCUUCCUUCCUCGCCCCUCUUGCGACCGCCACUCUACGACGUCACUUUCAUCUUCCCUUUCCUCAAAUCCACCACUUCAAACUGCAGACCUGGCCCUUCAACCACGUGGCCCGGUCGAAGUGCAUCCGUGUACAACCGGUCCUCGUCGUGCGUGUGGAAAAUUCCCGGCUUCCUGCACUCCAGCACAUGUGGCAGGCCAGGCGGGUCUGUCAAGCGAAAAAUGCCCCAGUCGGGAUUAUGUCGUGGUGCACAGACGAUUGCGAUGGCUUCGGGCAACAUGACUUGGUAUCCGGAGCUGGUGUGAAGGUCUCGUGAAGAGAGAAAGCAGGAUUGCGAAGGGUGAGUGUGGAUCCAGCCCAUGACUAGGAGGUCAUUGCUGUCGCAGUAGGAAAACAGAUCGAUCUCACCUUGGUCGGUGGUGUCGCACGUGUCUGAGGUGGAGGUUUGGUCUGGGAUGAUGAGAGUGUUGAUGAACAGGGCGUUGGCGAUGAUGGUUCCGGCGAGGAUACCGCAUGUUUCGAGGUUGCGGGAUGUGUUGGGGUCUGCGAGAUUGAGGAAUUGGGUGCGAAGGUCCGGUGGAAGUAGGACGGUGCGGAGGGGUGCACCGGCUUCGGUGAAAGCGGUCGGUUUGAAGGUGUACUUUGAGGGCACUUGAGGAGAAGAUGGUGGGGGCCCGGGCGUCUCGAGAGAAUCUGGUCGUGGGGGCCUGGGAGGAGGCUGACGUCUUGGAAGUUCAGAGGCGCUGUGUUUGUGGAGCGAUUCCUUUGCUGGACGAGCAGGUGGAAUCGGCAUUGUAUAUCGAGAUUGGGGCAUGGAGGGCUGAGUCGGUGGCGUAUUCCAUUCCAUACGACUUUCUUUUUGAGGCACCGAUGGAUAACUGAAUGUUGAACUCAUCGACUGGUCCCCAUUCGAUCCAUUGCGAGAUCGAAGCGAUUGUUGCUGCAACUGCUGGCCAACUGCUCGCACACCGUCAUCAUGUCCUUGUGAAGGUCCGUGUGUACCUGCAUAAUCGCCAUAGUCCGGUGCCACGAGGCCACGACGUCGUUCUGCUACAGUCGCGGCGGGAAUGCCUGCCUCCGUCGUCGACUUUCUUGAUGCAUCGCGACGUUUCAAUUCGCGCUGAGCAAGAUUGACAGCGAACUCUCUAUUGUCCAUUGCACUCAAUGAUGAGAUUGGACUCGGAGGACGGCUGCUCAUCGAAGCAAUUGAGGUUCUGCGAGAAGGAUCGUAUGACAGUCGUCUUGCGGCUUGGUCAAAUUCUUGCUGCGCGCGUUGCCUCUCUGCACUUCGUCUAUCCAUCGCCUUGGCAUAACGCUGGUAGUCCUGGGUGAUUCGUGGUUUCCAUUGUUCAAGUUUCACAAGGUUUCGCUGGACAGUCUUUCGAGCCUGUGAUAACUCGAGCUUGUAACGUGGAUCUCGGUAGUCUGGGUGCUCAGGCAAUUUGCUCAGAAUGAGAUCGGCAUGGCGGUAAAGAUAUAGAUAAGCAGUGGCUAAAUUGCCUUCUUGCUCGCAUAUGGAGGCCUCGGUGAGGAGCAUUUUCGCCGCUCGGAGCCAUUGUUGCAGAGGACGAUUUGUGUUGAACUCGAAUUGCUGCGCUUCUUGCACGAGAUCCUCCACGCUCCUCGGAGUGGAUAGAGCUGCAUGGUGGCGGGACAAAGCCAUCGCUGCUCCUGAGACCGCCUUCCUCCUCUUAUUCGAAGCUUAUAGAAAGAUCAUCGUCUGAGGCCAGUUGUUUGCCUCCUUGCUAGACGUGUGACUUGGGUUUCGCUCAGCUGACAUGGAGUCUGCCUGGGCUUUUGUGAUGUCGUCGGUGUCUUGAAGAAGUGCACACCGUUUUGAGUAAGUUUGGGGGCA